AGCCUGGAGGAUUAUUGGCAAUCAAAUUCUUCGUCAACGCGUCGGAUACACGUAUAAAUCCAAAGCAGAAUAGGAUGAAGCUUUCUUACGGAAACUAGGAGAGCUUUUGAUUUCGGGAUUCUGGAUGAAGACGGGUAGGGAAAUAGCGGAGAUUCUAUUGUGUAUCGUUGAUUUACCUACGUUCAUACCUCUGGGAUAUACCGAGGAGAUUGCCACGCGACUCUCCAUACACACAUACCUAAUGAAUCAAAUGCGAGUUCGCGUUUCAACUUUUUUCCCUUCGCUCACCCUUCUUCGUUGUGGUCGAAGAGAGAGAUUCUUACUUUCUUCUAUUAAACAAAGCUUGCCUGGGCGUAAUUUUUCCAAUACUCACAACCUCUCCCAGGCCAUGGCGCGACGCUUUUCAACAGACUUUCAACGCGAUGCCUCGGAGCAUAACACUUUUGUACAGGGCCUGGGCAGCAUUGGCACCGACUCAGGCCAAGUGAUUACUGGUGGACGAGCAGGAGUUCUACGGAAGCCAAAUAUUCCAGCGUCGACACCGAUACAAACCCCGACACGGAGCUCUAGCUCACCGAAACAACAUCGUCCUCUUCAAGACAAUGCUCCGGGUCCCGUGCGCCAGCAAAGAUUCUCCAAUGAGUAUAGACCGUAUUCUUUCACGUCAAACAAACAUAAGGAUAAAAGAAAAUCCUCUUACUUGGAACGAAAUACAUCGGUAUCAACUCAUUUAGACAAAUGGAGAACGGAAAUUCCAACCAGACCUACGACUCAAGUACCCAUCCUUCCGAUCAUUCGUAUUACAACUGGCCCCGCGUCAGCGUCAGCAGUGUCGCAGAAUUCGACAAGAAUUUUUUCGAGUGGUCGUACCCCUUUCGAGGCCGCUAUGGAAAAACUCAUGGACCCUGACGAAGCGACUGCAUCGGUAGCAAGCAGCAAGAGAGCUAUUUCGGAUAAUUGGAGACUAGGAAUUUCAACGAAGCCAACAACCCAAGUACCUAUUCCUCCCAUCAUUCGUAUCACAACUGGGCCUGCAGCCUCUGAAGCGCCGCGGAAUUCGACGAGGGGCUACUCUAGCGGUCUCAGUCCUUUCAAAGCCGCUAUGGACAAGUUGAGGAACCCAGAUAAGGCCGCCCAAAAUGCACAGAUGGCACCUCCACAUUGCAACAGCUCACAACUUGCUCACCCACCUUCUCCCAAUGAGGGAGUGUUUAUUCCAACGAAAUUCGCAAAAUGAUUACCCGUCUUCACUUAACGAUAUGAAGCUCAUGCUGAGAAUACGAGACACAGUCUGUGCCUUCCCGCACAUCAACGACAUCCCCCACAGCCUUGAUGAUAUGCGCAAGUUCAAGUU